AUGGCGUCAUCAUCGCUGCCUGACCCUCGAAUGAUGCCGAAGAAGAUGCCGGCGAUUGCGUCCAAGUUGGGCGCUUUCAGCCUUGCGCAGCCGGCGAGUCACAAGAAGACGACGGCGGUCCAGGAGAGAAUGGACGAGACGAAGCGUGCGCUGAGAGAACUCGUCCGGGCGGAGCAAGACCUCGCGAAGAAGCUCGGCACAACCACCGAAGCUGACAAGCAGGCGAUGCAGGCACGGCUGGAGGAGCUGGAGACCCACGACGCCGAACAGGCGAAGCUCGUUUCCGGGCUUCAGGUGCUCAAGGCCAACGCGUCGGCCUUGGAGGCGGCGUGUAACAGGAUCAUGACCAAGGAGCGCCUCAGCGGCACCCUUGACUAUACCUUUACCCCCGAGACGACGUUGCUGAUCGCGGGUUUUCAGCUUGUGAGCGUGGGAGGCCUCGAAGCCUUGUUCGCAUCCAACGCCGAGGUGGAGAGAGACCUACAGAAGGUCGUAGCAGGCCAAAAGGGCAGUGCAGCGACGUCGAGCGAACUCGUCAAGGAGCUUCUCCGCAUCGCGAAGCACCCCCCGCCGCUGUGCAGGGGCAUGGAGCAGGGUCUCGACAGUGUCGAGAUGUCUCGACAGAUGAAGAAGAACGUCGACCUGCAGAAAGCCCGUCGCGACGCGACCGCCGAGGCGCGGAAGCACAGGCUGACCGUCGAGGCUUACAAGAUGUCCAUCAAAGAGGCGGCUUGCGUGCUGAAGCGCGGCUUGCGUGCCGACGAUGACUUGGCUGAGCGGGAUCAGCAGAUCCUGCAGCUAAGGCAGGAGCUCGCGAAGGCGCGGCAGAGGGCGGAGAACCUCGACGAGGAGCUGGCGAAUUCGCAAAAGUUCCAAGACGAGGAUCCCCGGGACGCCGACAACGACUCGGAGGCCGACGGCGGCGACGACCGGCGGCUCCAAGAGACGGAAGAGGUGCUCAGGGGGGUGGAGAUUGAGCUAGGCGCCGAGCGUGCCACCGUCAAGGCCCGUAACGCGACAAUCGCCGCGCUCGAAGGCCAGGCGACGGCGAUGCAACGGCAGCUGCAGUUGGCUUUUGAUGCACAAGACUCUGCCGAGCGUCGUACGCUUAUGGUCCUGGUCUCUGGAAACCGCAUCGAGGCUGACGAGCGGCCCCGCGCGUCGUUCAGCCAGGUGACGCCUUGGGCACCUGGCAGUCACGAGCUGGCGAUGCCUUCCAUGGGCGCGAGCAACACCUCGGUCGUCGCUCUCCAGGUCCUAGCAAAGCUCGCCGACGAGAGCCCGGAGGCGGCCAUCUUCGAGCAUGCGUGGGUGCUGUGGUCGCUGCUGCGUCAGGGCCGGGACUUGGAAACGGGUCUCGCCGGUGUCAUUGCCGACCAGCUCGUGACGCGUGGCGACCGGAGCCAGCCACUCGUGCUGGGGAUCUGGCAGCUGUUGGUCGAGUUUGCGCGGUGGCCGUGCCUCACACGCUACCUGCAGCAGUUCCUCGACAUGCUGGCGCCGAAUGAGCCGUUGCUCUGGGUCCUCAAUGCGGCGCGUUCCGAUCCCGAGACGCUGCGAGGCGCGUGCCGAGACGUCGAGGCGGUGCUCUACCUCGAGGAGACGCCCGAGAGGGACGAGAUGGCGUUCGUGUCGCAUCCUACGUGGCCCAUGGUGCUGCACGUGUCGUUUGCCGGUGGCUGGAUGCGGUACGUGGCAGACGUCAGGUUUGGCCUCGCGUCGCUGACGUUGCGCGGCUCGGCAGAUGGCACAGCGUUGCAGAUGGAGUGGGCCGAUCUGGUGACUCCACUCUGA